AUGUCGCCGCACCAGGACCAUCACCACCACUCCGCGACUUCCGGCCCCGCCACAAAGGUGCAGUCGGCGGCCGGCGUCGAGUUUGGCUACCCGCAUGGCCACCUCGGGCAUCUGAAUCCGGACGAGGAGGAGGCCUUCAAGAACUUCAAGGCCUAUCUCGAGGAGCAGGGCGCAUACAAACCCGGCCCCCCGCCCUCGCACGACGAUCAAACCCUGCUGCGCUUUCUCCGAGCCCGCCGGUGGAUCGUACAAGACGCCUACAAGCAGUUCAAGGAGACCGAGGACUGGCGCAUAGCAAACCAGUUGCCCUUGCUGUACGACACCAUCGACGUCGAGUCCUACGAGCAGAGCCGGAGGUUAUAUCCACAAUGGACAGGUCGGAGGGACAGGCGCGGCAUCCCGGUCUAUCUUUUCGAGAUCCGACACCUUGACUCCAAGACCAUCCACGAGUAUGAGAAGUCCUCCAACGACACAUAUAGCAAGGCCACCACCGACGGCCAGACACCUCCCAAGCUGCUACGACUGUUUGCCCUCUACGAGAACCUCACCCGCUUCGUCCAGCCCCUGUGCACCGAGCUCACAGACCGUGAUAAUGCCCGGACCCCAAUCACACUCAGCACGAACAUUGUCGAUGUGUCUGGCGUCAGUCUUCGCCAAUUCUGGAAUCUGAAGGGCCAUAUGCAGGCGGCUAGUCAACUGGCGACGGCACACUACCCCGAGACUCUAGACAGGAUAUUUAUCCUCGGCGCGCCCAUGUUCUUCUCCACCGUCUGGGGCUGGAUCAAGCGGUGGUUCGACCCCAUCACCGUGUCCAAGAUCUUCAUCCUCGGCCACCACGAGACGAAAGCCGUGCUCGAGUCCUUCAUCGACCCCAAGAACAUCCCGAAGCACUACGGCGGCGAGCUUGACUUCAAGUGGGGCGAGAUGCCCAACCUCGACCCGGCCAUCCGCGACCUGGCCACCUGGGAGAACGGCUACACCGAGUUCCCCAAGGGCCCCGUCUACUGGCGCUACAUUGACGAUGGCGCGCGCAUGGAGUGCAUCGCCGUCGGCAGCGUCGACCAGAAGCAACGCUCCGAGCGCAUCUGCACCAUCCCCGUGGCGUUCCCCGAGGACAAGGCGAAGGGCGCGAAUGGCAAGCCUGCUGAGCCUAGCGUCGAGGAGGCUUCCAAGGCGGACGAGACGAAGCUGGAGGAGGCCACCGCAGACAUCCCGGCCACCGAGGCCGCGGCCACGGGCGAGACGGCCGUUGUCACCGACGGAGUUCAAGAGGCCGCGGUGCCCACCGUGACAGAUCCCAUCAUCACCGAGACUCAAGGCGUGCAGAACCUGUCGAUUGCGGACCCCAAAGAGGCCGAAGUGUCGGAGAAGGUUAUUGCUGGAAAGACAUCAGAAGCGCAGCCUGUUGCGGCAUAG